UUACAACUGGAAUGAAGAAUGACGCACGCACAAGCCCAUAAAAUGCAUUUGUUCAUGUUCUGAAUGUUUCUUAUACGUGUUGUAAAUAGGAUCGUUCCUGAUGAUCCAAAUAUGGAGUCAUUAGAGUCAUUAGUUAAGUAGUUGAAUUUGAAUGGAUGGGGUCGGCGCUCUUUGGGGCGCCUCAUUAUGCAGGCGCAUUAAAAGAAAGCAGUUGGGGGCAAAUAGGUGGUUAAGGGCACGAACAAAAAGAGGGGCAGGGACUUUGAGGAGGGCCAUGAUUCAAAUUCUAAGUGGUAAGAUGUCUCCAUUGUCAGUGGGGUAUAUAGCAGGCAGACCAAACACUCCAUCCGUAGAGUUGGCACAACGGAAAAGCUGUCUGUUGUUACUCAGUGAAGAUCCAAAGGCCAGGAUUUUUAAGUAUCACAAUGGCCUCCUCGUACUGCAUUUGGAUUGUUCUAUUUCUUCUCACGGUGACGAAAAGUGACAUUGGAGUAUUUAGUCGCGCAGUAGACACGCUGGGAUUUCUGUCACAGUCAACGAAAACUGCAGAUGAAUCCGCCGGAACAUCUUUACGCGUGGAACCGUGGAGGCGCGGGGUCGUGGAGACGCACCGCGAGCGGUGCGCAGAGCUGGCGGCGCCUUGGCUGGAAAACACACAGCAAGCUCCUGAGAAUGAUGCAACACUGUUGCAGCUCCGGGUUAGGCCGUUUUCCCCGGGAGCCUCACAUGGCCUGGUGUUCCCAGGAAAAUGUCUUUUCAGCUUUGUCCGACGGGUUUACCACUGCUGUCAAGCGGGACUAAACUGCAGAAGCGUCAAAGGAAUUCAAGGUCACUUGAGAGGAGAUACAUCUGUGGAGUUUCUCCUCACCAGGGAGAUUCCAUCACUGACAGUCAGGAGUGCCGAGCUUCACCUCCAACUUUCUAACCCACAACACCUGGAUAUCCAUCCUGUGCUUUCCUCUAUGGCAAAGCGAGGCCUUCCUACAAGGUACAAUUUAUGGUCACGGGGAAACACAGUGGAGCUGAAGGUGGAUCUACUGUCCUUUUUCCAGAGUCUGCAGGAGGCAGCGGGUGGUGCCGGAGGGGGUCCCAGCUUGAUGAACCUGCGGCGGGUGGUGUUUUCAUCCAGGGGGGAUCCACCAGGAGAAAAACCAGCUUCAGGGGCUCUGCAGGACACUGAUGGUGACAUGUGGGGGGAUGGGGUUGCCAGCACGCUGUCUGUUCUGGAGCUGGGCUUGGUCCUGGGUUGCACUCAGGCUGGAUCAGGGGUUUCCUGUGGAGCCGGUGGUGUUCACCUCUUGCACACACCUUUCAUGGCUCUGUACUUCAAAUGAAGACAAACUGAGACUGGUCUGUGUUCUGCACAGAGACAUUUCAUCUGUCGACUCACUCUUUUCUAACUGAAAAGACGCGCAGUCACCUCAAAGCUUACAAGGAAUCGAUGCACUUCAAUGUCAAAUCUAUUAAUUUAUAAUUGUGUUUUUUUCUGGAAAAUUAUAUAUACACACACAUGUAAAUAGCAAAUAUGAUAUACUGUAACUUUAUGGAGUCAUUCUGUGGUUAUUAAAGCUCAAUCUGUCAAUGGCUCCUGA